AUGAGCACAGAGGACUCUGGCAAUGGGACCUCUCCCACCCCGCCUCUCCCUGGGCUUCUUGUUCCCACCACGGAGCCGGUCCCACCCAGCACCGCGUCCCCUGAGGUGACAGACUGGCUGCCCAUCAUUGUCGGGCUCGCCUGCAUCUUCCUGGUCCUGGCCACCCUCCUCAUCUUUGUCACCCUCUGCAAGCCAGCAGCGCUGGGCCGGUCCCUCUCCGGUCCCCAGGAGUGCCUGCCUCACCACCCCGUGGAUGCCAGCGAGCCCCAGCUGAGGCUCUGGAAGCGUCUGGGCUCCCUGAGGUGCUCCAUCAGCAGCUUCAGGAGGAGCCAGCUGCUGUCUCAGAGCCCGCUCACCCAUCCCAGAAGCUUCUCCACCAGCCAGGACUGGGACGUCAUGGAGUCCACCAAAAUGUGA